AUGCCUACCGUUUCUGUGAACAAGCAAGAACUGUUCGAUCUGCUAGGGAAGAAUUACGAAACGAAGGAGUUCGACGAACUUUGUUUCGAAUUUGGCAUUGAACUAGAUGAAGACACUACUGAGGAAGCUUUAAAACUCAAUGAGGAACCUCAGCUAAAGAUUGAAAUUGGCGCGAAUAGAUAUGACCUUCUUUGUAUUGAGGGUAUUGCGCAGGCGUUGAAUGAAUUUCUGGGCCGGAACGAAGCUCCUGUUUACAAGCUCAGCGAACCAACGACAAAACUCAUUAUCGACAAAUCAGUCGAGCAAGUGAGGUCUUAUGCCGCCGCCGCAAUUUUGAGGAACAUAACAUUUACUCCGGAAAACUACCAAUCGUUCAUUGCAUUGCAAGACAAGCUACACUCUAAUCUGUGCAGAAACAGAACUCUAGUCGCCAUAGGUACCCAUGAUUUGGACACCGUUGAGGGCCCUUUCCACUACAGAGGCAUUCCUCCCAAAGACAUCAAAUUUGUUCCUUUGAAUCAAACCAGAGAAUUUCGUGGAGAUGAAUUGAUCGAGUUUUACAAACAACCUGAGCAGAAAAAUAACAUUGGCCGGUUUGUGCACAUCAUUGAAGACUCACCUGUUUACCCAGUCAUUUCUGAUGCAAAGGGAACUGUUUGCUCCUUGCCUCCCUUGAUAAACUCUGAGCACUCCAAAAUUUCUUUGAAUACAAAGAAUGUGUUGAUUGAAUGUACAGCUACCGACAAGACAAAACUUGACAUAGUCAUCAACCAAAUGGUUGCCAUGUUUUCGCGAUACUGUGAAAAUGAGUUUGUUAUCGAACCACUCGAAAUUGUUUCAGAAUUCAACAAUCAAUCUAGAACAACACCAAAUUGCGCUUCUAAAAUGAUGUCUGUUUCUGUUGAUUACAUCAAUUCUUGUCUUGGCUUGAAACAAGAGCCUUCUGACAUUUGCAAAUGUUUGUCGAAAAUGGCAUUGCAAGCCAGCCCCGAUUCUAAAGAUCAUGGUGCUAUUCAGGUUGCUAUCCCCAUCACUAGACCUGACAUUCUACAUCCAUGUGACAUAAUGGAAGAUGCCGCCAUUGGCUAUGGGUACAACAAACUACCAAAAGGAGAGAAGCUUUCAAACGCCAACUUUGUUGCAGCGCCACUACCUAUAAAUAGGGUUUCAGACAUCUUUAGAAUUGCUUCUUCGCAAGCAUCUUGGCUUGAGGUCUUACCAUUGACCUUGUGCUCACACGACGAAAACUUCAAAUACCUAAGAGUUGAGGAUGAUGGCACAAAAGCUGUUAAGCUUGCUAACCCCAAAACUUUAGAAUAUCAAGUUGUGAGGACGUCUCUCCUUCCAGGCCUAUUGAAGACCGUCAAGGAGAACAGGAAGCAUUCUCUCCCCAUUAAGGUUUUUGAAACUGGAGACGUUGUUUUCAAGAAUGCAGAACUAGAACGCAAAGCAUUCAACGAACGUCACUGGGGUGCCGUUUACGUUGGAAAGACAUCCGGCUUCGAGAUCAUCCAAGGAUUACUGGGUAAGAUAAUGCAAACUUUCAGAACCCCAUGGAUCUCUGACUUCGGUAAGAGCAGCAGCACAAGAGGUUACUGGAUUGAACAAGAUGAAUCACAAGCUACAUUCUUCCCUGGAAGAGGCGCUAAGGUUAUGUUUAGACAAAAAGAAGGUCAACCAGCUAAACAGAUUGGCUACCUUGGUGUCAUCCAUCCUGAGGUUAUGAACAACUUUGAUGUUCCUUUUGCGGGCUCCUAUGUCGAGCUAAAUGCGGAGGUCUUUCUGUGA